GCGCUGCCCGCCGCGGCCAAUCGUGGCGCCCGCCAGCCCUCGGCUGCUCUCCGUGCCAGGGCCUGGGGGCCUUUCCAAGUUCGGAGGGCUUCUGGAUGUGACUUGUCCCCUUCCCCUGGACGCACCGGUAUCUCUCUUUGGCUCUAGGUCUUGGUGCGUUUGCCGCCUUCACCUCCUUGCCCCAUUAGAGGGAAGAAGGGAAGGAAGGAGGCUGGCAGCCCGAGCCGGGCGCAAUGACAGUAUUCCGGGCCAGUCAGUAUUCCAGAGGGGCACCAUGCCAGUGGAAAGGAUGCGCAUGCGCCCGUGGCUGGAGGAACAGAUAAACUCAAAUACGAUACCAGGGCUAAAGUGGCUGAACAAGGAAAAGAAGAUUUUUCAGAUCCCCUGGAUGCAUGCAGCUAGACAUGGGUGGGAUGUGGAAAAAGAUGCACCACUCUUUAGAAACUGGGCAAUCCAUACAGGAAAGCAUCAACCAGGAGUAGAUAAACCUGAUCCAAAAACAUGGAAAGCAAAUUUUCGAUGUGCCAUGAACUCCUUGCCUGAUAUUGAAGAAGUCAAGGAUAAAAGUAUAAAGAAAGGAAAUAAUGCCUUCAGAGUCUACCGGAUGUUGCCCUUAUCCGAGAGGCCUUCUAAGAAAGGAAAGAAACCAAAGACAGAAAAAGAAGACAGAGUUAAGCACAUCAAGCAAGAACCAGUUGAGUCAUCUUUGGGGCUUAGUAAUGGAGUAAGUGAUCUUUCUCCCGAGUAUGCGGUCCUGACUUCAGCUAUAAAAAAUGAAGUGGAUAGUACGGUGAACAUCAUAGGUCCAGCCCCAGAAUCCAAAACCGGAGCUCUGCCCUCAGGUACCUUCUGGUCCAUUACACCUUGCUCCAUGUUGGAAACAGUCAGGGCUUCUGAUGCUGUUGUAGGACAGUCACAUCUGGACAGCAACAUUGAGGAUCAAGAGAUUGUCACUAAUCCGCCAGAUAUUUGCCAAGUUGUGGAGGUGACCACUGAGAGCGAUGAGCAACCGGUCAGCAUGAGUGAGCUCUACCCUCUGCAGAUUUCCCCCGUGUCUUCCUACGCAGAAAGCGAAACUACCGAUAGUGUGCCCAGUGAUGAAGAGAGCACCGAGGGACGACCACACUGGCGGAAGAGGAACAUUGAAGGCAAACAGUACCUCAGCAACAUGGGGACACGGAGCACCUACCUGCUGCCCAGCAUGGCUACCUUCGUGACUUCCAACAAGCCUGAUCUCCAGGUCACCAUCAAAGAGGAGAGCUAUCCGAUGCCUUUCAGCAGCUCCUGGCCCCCCUACCCAGACCACCCCCUCACUUCCUCCGUGACUCCAGCACCCAGCAGCAGUCGGCCAGACCGGGAAACUAGGGCCAGUGUCAUCAAGAAAACGUCAGAUAUCACCCAGGCCCGCGUCAAGAGCUGUUAAGCCUUUGACUUUCCCUGGUGGUUGUUGGGAUUUCUUGGCUUUGUUUUAUUGUUUGUUUGUAUUUUAUUUUUCUCUCUGACACCUAUUUUAGACAAAUCUAAGGGAAAAAGCCUUGACAAUAGAACAUUGAUUGCUGUGUCCAACUCCAGUACUGGAGCUUCUUUUUAACUCAGGACUCCAGCCCAUUGGUAGACGUGUAUCUCUAGAGCCUGCUGGAUCUCCCAGGGCUGCUCUCUCAAGUUCAAGGACGUCAUAGGACCAACACCCACACGGGCAGCGAGGUGCUGCAUUGCCUGCGGUCAAGGCCAGCAUGGUGGAGUGGAUGCCUCAGAAUGGAUGAGAAAAUGUGAACUAGCUGGAAUUUUUUAUUCUUGUGAAUAUGUACAUAGGGCAGUACUAGCGACGUUGCAGUCGGCUUCUGCACCUUAUCUUAAAGCACUUACAAAUAGACCUUCUCGUGAUCUUGCUCUAUUUCACAGCACAUUCAGCAACCCCCUUCCCUGCCUUUCGUCGCGCCUCCCAUCCCAUCCCGUCCAGUUCCUUUCCUCCUUUUCCUCCCUCAAAGGCUGUGUUCCACAUCCCUGAGGAGGAGAAGAAGAAAAUGAACUUCUCCACAGAUGCCCCACGUUAAGACUGCUUUAAAAAAAAAAGAGAGAAAAUCUUUCUAAUCUGCUAUGCUUGAAUGCCACGCGGUACAAAGGAAAACUAUCAUGGAGACCUUAUGCAAAUUCCCAGAUUUGAAGACAAAAAAAUAACUCUAAUUCUAACCAGAGCAAGCUUUUUUAUUUUUUAUACAGGGGAAUAUUUUAUUCAAGGUAAAAUUCUAAAGAAAAUAUAAUUGUUUUUUAUCUUUUCUACAGCAAAUUUAUAAUUUUAAGAUUCCUUUACUUGUUUAUCAGCAGUUGUUAUUACAUCCUUGUGGCACAUUUUUUUUUUAAUUUUGUAAAGGUGAAAAAGCUUUUAUGAGCUCAUGUAGCAAUCAAAUUAUCCUGUGGAUUGAUAAUAAAUGAAUAUGAUAUAUAGUUAAAUUUUUAA